CUGCUGAGCAUAUAAGCUGCUACGUUCAGCACCUGAAGCAAGCUGGAAGGAAGACAGACUCACCAUGUGGACUCUUCUGUUUCUUUGCAGCGUUCUUGCCACACACGGAGUCACAGGAUGGAGGACAACUUGGGGUUAUGAUACUGCUACUGCAGAAUGGACAACUUGGGGUUAUGAUCGUACUACAGCUGUACCUUGUGGUGGGUACCUGUAUAGCAGCAGUGGCAGUUUUUACAGCCCCAAUUAUCCAAACAACUACACAAACAAUGCAAUCUGUACCUGGUACAUUAGAGCAGGCCAACACACUCGCUUGGAGUUCUCAAAUGUAAACCUUGAGUGCGAUUUUGACGACAUUUUUGUCUAUGAUGGCCCUUCAACUUCAAGCCGGCUUCUGGGGAGAUAUUGUUCAUCACGCAAAACUGUCUUCUACUCUACUGGUUAUUAUUUAACUGUGCGCUUCAGAAGUGAUCAUUCUAUCACCUACUCAGGAUUUCGUGCUAACUACAAUAUAGGGGCAACUUCCAGUCCAGGAACAGAUAUGACAACAGAUCAGUCUUCAUGUCGAUACAACUGCGGUUAUUCCGUGGGAAGCUGCUCCUGCAGAAGCAACUGUGAAUACUAUGGCAACUGUUGCAACGACUACUACUCCUACUGUCCAGCAACAACGGUGGCAACAACAGAACCAGCCACAGACACAACUCAGCCCUCAUGUCGAUACAACUGCGGUUAUUCCGUGGGAAGCUGCUCUUGCAGAAGCAACUGUGAAUACUAUGGCAACUGUUGCCCUGACUACUACUCCCACUGUGGUCGGACAACUGAUGUGCCUACCACAGCUCAGCCCUCAUGUCGACGCAACUGUGGUAGUCACAUGGGAAGCUGCUCUUGUUCAAGCUCUUGUCGAUACAAUGGCAACUGUUGCUAUGACUACUACUCCUACUGUUAUUGGACAACUCCGCUAACUACAACUCCCAGUUAUCAGACAUCUCAGUCCUCAUGUCGAGGCAACUGUGGUUAUCACAUGGGAAGUUGCUCUUGUUCAAGCUCUUGUCGAUACAAUGGCAACUGUUGCCACGACUACUACUCCUACUGCGCAGCCACAACACCCGAACCAUGUGGAGGAUCACUUUUUGGCUCCGGCACAUUUUCCAGCCCCAACCAUCCCAACUACUACAAUGACAAUGCCUACUGUGUUUGGCACCUCAGAUCUGCACAUGACCAAAGAAUCUUCCUAGCCUUCACAUACCUGCAAUUGGAGAACUGCUGCAACUGCGACUACAUUUCAGUGUACGAUGGGCCAUCUGUUGGUUCAAGACUUUUGGGGAAAGUGUGCAACGACAGUCUGAGCUCUUUCUCCUCGUCUUCCAACCACAUGACUGUGGUCUUCCGGAGUGACAGAUCUGUGGUUGGCCGAGGAUUCAGUGCUGAGUUUUUAAGCUCUCUGAAACCCAACGCAGGUCGAGUUGACUGCUCCGCAGACAAGAUGAACAUUGUGAUUGAAAGAUCGUACCUGAACUCUUUGGGUUACGACGGCCACAGCUUGUACCUCAACGACCCGCACUGCAGACCACAGGUUUCCAGUUUCCAGGUGGUUUUCAGUUUCCCCCUCAACACUUGUGGCAACAUUAGACAGUUUGUCCAUGGCAGAAUCAUGUACACCAACAAUGUCCGUGCAUACCCCUCCCACUCUGGAGAGAUCAUACGGCAAUCCCACCUCAAGAUGAACGUCACCUGUGUAAUGGACCAGGACUCUGUAUCCCAGAUUAUGUAUGUUGUCCGUAACUUAGAAAACAGCACCAUCACUGGUUCUGGCAGAUACAAUACCAGCAUGGCUUUCUACAAAACAAGAAGCUUCUAUGAUAAGGUGACUGAGGAUCCGUACGAGGUAACACUCAACCAGAGACUGUUUGUCCAAGUGCAGCUGAGAAGGCGUGAGAGCACACUGCGGCUCUUCAUUGACACUUGUGUGGCCUCUCCGUCACCGUUUGAUUUCAAUGACAGAGCUUACUACUUAGUUCGUGACGGAUGUAAGGCUGAUAGCACCUACUACCCCAUAAGUAGCAGCACCCCAUCUUUGGCCCGGUUCGAGUUUAAGGCCUUCCAGUUCCUGCGAGCCACAGAUUCAGUGUACAUCCGGUGCAAGGUCCUGAUUUGCCCCGUUACAGACCACAACUCCCGCUGCAGCCGUGGCUGCAGCAGACGCGCAGCCAGAGACGUUCAGUCCGAACACGACAGCCACACUCUGGUUGUGGGCCCCAUUAAGCUCAAAGAGUCGGAGAAAAAGGAGGAAGGGACUGAAAAGCAAAAUGAGGCUUAACUUGAUACUGCAGUGACAUGCUCCAGUAAACCUUCUGUUCUCUUCAUUAAAACACUGCUCUGUUAUUCUCAUCAUUUCCUUCCUCUUAUAUUACUCAAUUAAACGCAUCCUCAAAAGA